UAUCUGUUGUUGGAGAAGUACACGGUAUUUGUCAUUGAUAUAACAAACUGCAGUGUAUCUCGCGUUUUCAAAUAUGAUAAUAGUUGCGCUGGCUGCGCCUCCACUCGAGUCGGAACAGUUAAACAACAUGGUGGACGUUGUGUAGGCUUUGAAGAGCCAGAAGAUGAGUUGAUCUCCAUCUAAACAAGCUCGAAAAUGGCAACAUACAACACCGACGGACAUUCUGUUGUGGUGGAAUUGAGUCCAGACAUCCAUAUCUGUGGAUUCUGCAAGCAGCAGUAUAAUAAUUUUGAGGUCUUUCUCGCCCAUAAGCAAAAUGGAUGCUCCUUACCAACCUCUGCCACCACUGCAACCACCACUCUCACAGAUUCCAGCACCGAGUUUGUUUUUGAGGAAACCUACCAGACGUGUGUUAUGAGAGGUGUUAAAAAGAUCCUGACCAAAGCACAGAAAACACCUUCCAAAAAAUUGAAACCUUCCCUGACUUCAAAGAGACACAGCUGCUGUUUCUCAGGUUGCACUUUCAAGACGCAGUAUGGCCAAAAAGACAUGGAGCGGCAUCUCAAAACCCACACCGGUGAGAAGCCAUUUGAAUGUGAGCUUUGCCACAAACGCUUCAGCCGGCGGGACAAGCUCAACAUGCACAGCCGCUCGCACACAGGCGAGAAGCCGCACAAGUGUAAGCACUGUCCCUACGCAGCAGCAGACAGCAGCAGUUUGAAGAAGCACCUGCGAAUCCACUAUGAUGAACGGCCGUUUAAGUGCCAGAUCUGUCCUUACGCCAGCCGCAACUCCAGCCAACUCACCGUCCACCUGCGCUCGCACACUGGGGAUGCACCUUUCCAGUGCCAACAGUGUGAUGCAAAGUUCAAAAUCAACUCAGACCUGAAGAGGCACAUCCGGAUUCACUCGGGGGAAAAACCAUACGAGUGUAACUUUUGUGAGUACCGCUGCGCCAUGAAAGGCAACCUGAAAUCUCACGUUCAGCUCAAGCAUGGCACCGAGAACUCCUCCCACUGUGAGCACUGUGACUUCCAGUGUGCCAGCAAGGCUGCUCUGCGAGAGCACAUGCGAGAACACCAACCCAUUCAGCCCAUCCAGUGUUCCGAGUGCACUUACUCCUGCGCCAGCAAGGGGGCGCUCAAAGUCCACGAGAGGGUCCACUCGGAGGAUCGGCCCUUUAAAUGUGACUUCUGCAACUUUGCCUCCAAGCAGCGCAGUAACCUCGUCAUCCACAAAAGGAAGUGCCACUCGGAUAAGCCUGAAAAAGGUGACGGUGGCAGGGGUGGAGGAACAGGCGGAGGAGGGGACUCUCCAAAGCCUGUGGGCUCCAGGUACCGGGCCAAACUAGAAGCGGCUCAGGCGUUCUGCUGUGACUCGUGCAACGCUUCCUUCGUGAGGGAGGACUCCCUGCGGAGCCACAAGAAGCAGCAUCGAGACACACUGAACGUGUUUCAGCUCCAGCUCUCCGCCCCGGCGGAUGUCCACUUGGUUCCGGUCACAACGGCGAAGAGCAACACCCAGCUUGAGGUUCCUAUCCCGUCUGACUCGAUGGCUCCUUACAGCAGUGCGCAGCUCAAAAUCAUCGUAUCUCACCCUCUGGGCCAGGAGAACUCCUUACUUCCAGGUGGUGGGGAUGGUCCGCAUAAGACCAGCAUGGUCCUGCUCAGCCCGGAAAGCCAGGACAUGGUCGUCCACUCCAUGAUCCAGCAGGGGAACUUGCUCACACCAAUGCAACCCGUCGGGUCGCGCCAGACUGCCGAGGCCACACUAGAAACUCAGACGGUCCUGUUGACGCAGCUCGGCCCCGGUGACGCCAGCAACCCGCUCCACCGGGCCCUGCUGCAGACCGCCGUCACUGCUCAGGACGCCAGCAGCGGCACGCAGACUUUCAUCACGACCUGCUCGGAGCUGGAGGGCCUCAACGCCUUGAUCCAGGAGGGUGGCACGGAGGUGACAGUGGUGACGGAAGGGAACGCCGCCACGGCGGCGACGGCAACUGCAGCCGACGGGGCGCGCGGUCCAUCGGAGGACAUGUCGAAGCCAGCAGGGGCAGUUGCGGUCGGGGGGAGCGUCUCACCCUGUGAGGAAAGUGCGUUGCUGGUGCCGAACAUCAGCCUUUGCAGCCAGAAUGUGGUCAUCCACGGGGUUCCACUCAUCGUGUCCACUCGGCAGCAGCAGACGAUAGAGCAGCUCUCUCCUCACACACUGUACUCCGAUACACACACACUGGAAGACAUCCCACAGUGAGCAGGGGGGGCUCAGUGUGUUUUCCUGAAUAUUUAAAGACUUUAAACUGCAUCAUAAGCUAUUUCUUUGCCAGUAUGAACUCUUUGGCCUAAAGGUUACAUGUGUGCAGGCUGUUACCAAUAACUGCGUUUCUCUGUUUCUAGCCAUUUAGACAUUGACCACUGAAGUCAUUUUCAAUUUCAAAUCAGUUUAUUUUCUAUAGUCCAAAAUUACAAAUGUGCCUCUACACAUACGACAUCCGUGUCCCAGGACCUCACAUCGGAUCAGGAAAAACUCCCCAAAAAUACGUAGCAAGUAAUGGUUUUGUUGUUUGAGAAUACAGUACAGAAUAACUUUGAAAUGUGAAAGUUACUCAUUUGGACAUCAUUUUGCAUACUAUCUUUGCAAGGGUUAUUUUUGGAGCCAUCACAAUUUGAAAAUUAGAAUAAUAAUAAAAAUACUAUAAAUGUAAUUUAUUAUUAAUUUAAAAACUUGGUUUAUUUUAAGCCAACAUCUUCAGGAAAAAAAGGAAUGAAGAAAAAAUAAGCCUGAAAUGUGAAAUGCACAUUUUACCACGGACUUCUCCAGAUUGUCCAUCAGGUGGCAGCAGAGUGAUACGAGUGGAGGGGAAGUUCACUCAGAAAUUGUGGCGUGUUGCAUUAAUAAUACUUAAUUAAUACACAUUCUCUACCUGUAGCUUUUUUCUUUUAGAAAUGAGGCAUUUUCAAGUCCUCAUUUUGAAUCCAUAAUGUGGAUGUUUUUUUGGAGAAAACAUUAGACAUGCAUAUGAAGGUCAUAGUUUUGAAAAGCCAAGUUGCUCACCCAAUAGAUUUUUCAAUAAAGUGCCUGUCCUGC